AGUGGAAAUAUGCCUUGAAGUAGGGUCAGGGUCUGGAGUGGUGUCUGCAUUCCUAGCCUCUGUGAUAGGCCCUCAAGCUUUGUAUAUGUGUACUGAUAUCAACCCAGAAGCUGCGGCUUGUACUCUGGAGACUGGGCGCUGUAACAAAGUUCUCAUCCACCCAGUGAUUACAGAUUUGGUCAAAGGCUUGCUACCACGAUUGAAGGAAAAGGUUGACCUUCUGGUGUUUAAUCCCCCCUAUGUGGUGACUCCACCUGAAGAGGUAAGGAGUCAUGGAAUAGAGGCAGCCUGGGCUGGCGGCAGAAAUGGUCGAGAAGUGAUGGACAGAUUCUUUCCACUGGUUCCAAUUCUCCUUUCUCCAGAAGGAUCAUUUUAUUUGGUUACAAUUAAAGAAAACAAUCCAGAAGAAAUCUUGAAAACAAUGAAGGCAGAAGGUCUACAAGGAACUAUUGUACUUUCUAGACAAGCCGGCAGAGAAGUUCUUUCAGUUCUAAAGUUCACCAGGCCCUAGGGUACAAUAUAUCUAGCUGCAUGCUAUACUGUACAUGUGUCAAAUGUAUAUUCUAUUGAAUAUGUAUAUGUAAAGAAGCUGAAUGUACUCAGCAUAUUUUAAAACUGAAACCAUUUUUUGGUUAACUAAUAAAAUUGUAAAUUUGCCAUAUAGGAAAAGGUAGAAGAGUAGGGCAUUCCUUUUUUUUACCUCAGUGAGAUUUCAGCCAUAUUCAUAUAAGCGCAGGUAAAUAUAGAGUAUAUGUCAUUUCCACUUCAUCACCUGUAUUACAGAUGUGUAUGUGUGUAUGUAUGUGUAUAUACACAUAUAUAUAUGUGUAUUUCAGCAUUACCUGUAAUAAGCAGUGAAGUCAUUGUAAAGGCCCAUCCGUCUAGGAAUUAGUAAAUAAAUUAUAGUAUAUCUGUGUCGCAUGAGUGAAUCUCCAGCCAUUAAACAUAGGUCUGUGGAUACCAAAUCAGGUUAUGGUAAACUAUUGAGUGAAACAUAGCAAGAACAUUGUUAUCCUAUAUGUAUAUUUCUGUAAAACCCACUGACAGGGCGUGUCUAUGUGUGGCUGAAGGUCUGAGAAGCUAAGUACUAAGCAGGAAUGAAACGACUUUCCCCCUUUUGCAUUAGCUUUUUUUACAGUGGUGAUGUGUUACUUGGAUAUGUGUCCACAAGUACACCCAUGUGCUUUUGCUUAUUGUACACUCUUUUGAUUUACCCUCCUUAUUGUUUCCAUUUUGUUCUGGCAUGUGGAGUGCUAGGGGUCAAACUCAGGUCAUCAUGCUUUUAAGUCCAGUGGUUUAGUCACUGUGCCACCUCCCAGGUCACAAAAUGACGAGUGAAUUUUUUGAGAAGGCUAACAGUACAGAAAGCCAUGGGCACAGCAGAGGUUUUUCCUUGGGCACUCCUAUAAAAUAUACAGAGCACGUGAUUCCAUGGUAUGACUCAAAGAGGUUACAGUCCUUAAAUAGUGAAAUAAGAAAGGAAGAGGGAGUCGGGCUGUAGCG